AGUUUUUGUUAUGGCUGAGGCAAUUAUAACAUCGGAAGCAGCUUCAAGUUCGUCUCAGCUGAACUCCUCAGCCCGUAUAAUUUGUCGGGUUGACCUGCUCGAUCUGUCUAAACAUUCACCAAGCAGAACUUACCUGGAUGGAUGUUGGAUGAACUUUCACUCAUGCCUUACCAACAUAUUUGACUAGUUCCCCAUUCAGGGAUUUUGGAGCGCCUAUAUGAUGCCUAUCUUAGAAAUGUAUUAUGCUUGAACAAUUAUGGGCACAGGCAAGCUUAACGUUCGAGUUGUCAAAAGCAAUUUUCGCAGUAUACCUGCCCUCGAUGUAAUACCCGUUAUUGCUCUCUUCCUUGUUACAAGUCUCAUAGUCUUCGUUGCACCGAAUCCUUUAUGAAAGAGAAUGUGAUGGAGGAACUACAACAUUUGCAACCAGAUGAUGGAAGUAAGCAAAAAAUACUGGACAUACUCAAACGAUUCCACUCAGAAGAUGAAGCAGACAUCAUGGAUGAAGAUGAUUCCCUGUUGUCUGAGGAAACUAUUCAAAAAGUUCUAUCUGGAAACCAGAUAAAUUUUGAAGAUUUAUCUGCUGAAGAAAAGAAACAUUUCCAAAGGGCUGUUGCCUCCGGUGAGUUGAGCAAAUUGAUUAAGCCCUGGGAGCCAUGGUGGUUGAACCCUUCUGCCAAGUACAUAUCUCUUGGUCAGGAUGGAACUCAACUAGUCCAGCCACUUGUGAGGGAGGAUACAGCUGUGUCUUCGGAAGAUGGAAUAGAAAGUGACCCUUUGCACGACAUUCCACUUGGCCCCGACUCUCCAUUACCCUCAGUUAGUAAGCUCAGUGCAGCCAGGCCAUCCCCAUUAUUGGCUGUUCACCUUGUUGACAUCAUGUACAGUUAUUGCUUUACUCUUCGCCUCUACAAUGGUGACUGGCAAUCAGAUCCCAUAGGAUCAGCCACGGUCUUGUUGAGCGUCUCUUCUGUUCUUGGUCAAGGGGGGCAGCCCGAGACAGUCCUGGAAGCUCUAUCACAUUGCAUGGAGCAAACAUGCUCACCAGCCUUCAGACACAUGGGUGGCCUGCAAUUCGCAUUGGGGCUAAUCAACGACACAAUAACCGUUCUUCAUCUUGAAACUCCAGCCUUAGUUUGCUUGCUUUGUGAUCUAAGGAGGCUAAUCCAACACGCGGAGAAGGAUUUGAAGUCAGAGAAGCCCCGUAAGUCCAAAAGUUCUGAAAUCAAAACGAAGCUCAAGUCUGCUGAAAGGAAAGUUUAUUUCAUAAUGUGUUGGGCUCACGAGCAGCCACGAGAAGCAUGGUCUUCCAUCGCAGCUAUUGUCGAGGGAGAGAAGAGCCGACUAGUGGAAUUCGUAGGGAGUAAGACGAGUGUUCCGAAAAUGAAGAAAGUACAGAAUGAAGGUAAGCCUCUGAUUAAGGAGGUUGAAUAAUUGACUGUUCCUUCUGCAUGAGAAGCUGCAGCAGAAAACACAAGAAUCAGUGAUGCUUGUAAAGAUGUUAAGUUCAGAUCAUUGAGUUUCGACUUUGUAUCAUUGCCUGAAUUAUAUAUUUACUUUCUCUUUGGAACUUUAUUCAUGAGUGACUGAAACAAUUUAAGAAGAGAAAAGAAAAGGCUUAUAUGCAGAAAUACAUGUGCACUUUUACUUA